UGGAGUGCAGCAACAAAAAUUUAGUUUCGCGAUAAUUUUUGAAAAGGAGUGUGUUAUUGUAAUUUCAAAAUGAAUUUCUAGUUUAUUUGUCCAUACUCACUGAAAUAUUAGCCUUAAAUUGUUUCUGUUAUAACUACUUUAACUGGAUUUAUUUUGGAUAAGGGAAGAGAACUUUACUGUAUGUAUUGACUUUGAAGAUCUGGGUAAAACAAUAUAGUGCUCAAUUAGUGAACUGUUCAGAAUAAUGACAAAGUUAGCUGGCACAAGACGUGCACGCAACCAGGCCACGUCUCUUGCUAUACCUCGACAGAACUCAUUAACUGACAAUGGCAAGACCCGCCAAAAUCUAAGCCCAGAGACCUUGGCGUCCAUGAGUAAGGAGCAACUCAGAGCGGAAUGCAGAAAACGGGGCCAACGGACAACAGGCAACAAAAAUGAGCUGCUUGCCCGUCUCGGGUACUACAAGCUGGCGGCCGCAGAGCAAGUGAAGACGGAGCAGCGCCCGCGCAACGGAUUGCAUCCCAUACAUCCGAAGGAGAUCAAAAGUAAAGUAGUACCAAUGGACACGGAGAGUCUGGUGCUAUGGCGGAAACCUUUCACAACGCUCGAGUACUUCGUUCGGGAAUUGUUUAUAUUAUGCUCCACGGGUCUUAAAAGAUUAUUAGCGUACAAAUUUCUAGCAUUAGCAACAGUAUUGAUGAUCUCAUGCACAGCUGUGUCGUAUUAUAUAAGUGGACCCCACCAACCGUAUGUACAGGAAAUUGUACUAACGCUAGCGUGGUGGGGCUGGUGGGUUAUACUUGGUGUGUGCAGCUCAGUAGGACUCGGUACGGGGCUCCAUACGUUCCUUCUGUACCUUGGCCCGCAUAUCGCGCGCGUAACACUAGCCGCUUACGAAUGCGGGGGCUUAGACUUUCCUUCACCGCCUUAUCCUAACGACAUAAUAUGCCCCUCCGAAAUCGACCCCAAUAACGUAGUGACGAUAUGGAAUAUAAUGGCUAAGGUGCGGAUAGAGUCAAUGAUGUGGGGCAUGGGAACAGCAUUGGGUGAACUGCCUCCGUACUUUAUGGCGAGGGCGGCCAGGCUUUCCGGUGGCAGUGUUGCUGAGCUGGCUGAAAAAGAUGACUCGAGGACUGGAAGGGCAAAAGUACUCGUCCAAAAGCUGGUGCAAAAAGUGGGAUUCGCGGGUAUUCUGGCUUGUGCUUCGAUCCCAAACCCCUUGUUCGAUUUGGCUGGUCUUACGUGCGGUCAUUUCCUGGUGCCUUUUUGGACUUUCUUCGGGGCCACUCUACUUGGGAAGGCUGUUAUUAAAAUGCACAUACAGAAGAUGUUUGUGAUCAUCGCUUUCAAUGAAACUCUUGUUGGACAAGCCCUCGCUUGGGUCGAAAGGAUACCGUACAUCGGACCGAAACUAGAAGCGCCAUUACUAGAGUUUCUUCGCAACCAAAAGGCGCGCCUACACAAAAAAGAUUCCAACCUACCUGAAAACCAAGGGUCUAUACUAUCGAGUCUUCUAGAAAAAUUCGUAUUAGCAAUGGUAUUAUAUUUCGUGGUGUCGAUAGUGAAUGCGUUGGCGCAAAAUUACAGCAAACGAGUGGGCAAAAAGAAGGGCAAGAAGAAGGAAUAGGGCACGAAAACGCCGGGCGAUGCAUGUUGUGGUCUCGCGCGGCGACGUACAACUCGAACGCGCGUGCGGUAGUACUGGCGUGCGUCAACUGACAAUAGUGAAAGUUACUAGUUACAUCCGUGCGCUGACCGCGAGAUGCCUUAACACCUUGUCGAUGGAGUUGCUUGUUAGCUUAGGUGUAUGUGUUAACUGGUCAACAAUGAGUUAUGGCGAUUAGGUAAUAGGGUAUUUGUUAAUAGAUUUCUGUGGAUAACUUUUCAUUGGUCAUUAAAAACAAUAUGAACAAAAAGUAGGAUAUAAACAAUCGACUUACUAGAAUCAAAGAGCAAUCUGCUAAGUUUCAUGAAGGCUUCUUCUCGGUAGAAUUUGCCUAACCGGUGGUAAGGUGAAAAAAAC